GUCACGGGGGAGAGCUCUCCCGCUCGAAGGAGUGCUUCUCGAAGCAGGAGUGCAUGUGUUGGUGCUUGUCUAGGGAUAGCAGGAGCAGGGAAGAAAAGUUUGCUUGAAUCAAACGCGACAAUGAACGAACGAGCACGUUGCGGCUGAAGUGGGGCGGAAUUUCUGCUUCCUCGCGCCGCCACGAAACGCGUUUCAUUCGUUCAUCAUCACGUCAAUCCGACCAGCUUCUCUUCUCUGUGUAAUUUCCACCGGACAUACGAGUCAGAAUCCAAUAAGUAGGACGCGCGAUCCUUCUUCAUCCUUGAGGCUGUGAUUGUGCAAUUUCCAGCAAUACAAUCUGUGAUGUGUAUCGUGACAUAAGAUACGUUGCGAAAUGUGACGGUAUUCCCGUCUCUAAUUUGCUAACGUCAGCUAGCACGCUUGAGAGAAAAUGACAAACUGAAUGGAUUCCGGCUCGGAUGCGUGAGUCACAUUUUCUUCGCGCGAAUCUCCCGCUGCGUCGCGAGACAUCGCGACAGUCGCGCUGCGACUGGUGUGAAACGGGCCUUAAGACGCGGCAAGUGUCAGCGACUUUUGGUAUAUUCGUAUCACGAAUCACGAGAGAUAACUCGGCCGAUCUGCUUUAAUUACUGAUAAGUUACUCUCGUACGAUACACAAAAUGGCAGCGAGCUGUUUAUAUAACGCUGAAGCAGCGAUACAGCGCUACAGUGAUGCGCCGUCGUCACCGGUGUCCGUUUCGAGCGCAGUGAUCGAGUCAGCGGGAAACUGUCGACCGUAAAUGGUAAACGACUUCAGGAUCUUUACGCAUCGAGUGCACACUGAGAGCUUUACGUAGAAUAUCCUGCGUGGAGCGGAACAUGUCUGCAGUAUCGCAGAAGAGAGAACAGAAAAAGGAUGAAGAGGAAACGAUUGGGAAAUCGGCGCUGCUGCGUUAACCGUGAUUUUGAUAUCUUAUCUGAAAUCAGAGCGUGUUGCCUUCAAGCCAAGAAGAUAGCCAAGAAGAGAGCGGAGAUCCUCAGGGUCGUUCACUUCGAGUGCACGUUGCUUGGCUCUCGUGAAACGACGACCGAAUUUUAGAACACGUAGAUGCACUGCGAAGCAGAACGUUUACCCGCGCCAUCACCGCCAAUGGACAGGGUAUAGACCGAGCUGCGCUCCUACUCGACGGAGUAGGACAGCUGACGUGUUCAAUCACUCGUGAAGUUUUUUCAGUCAAGACUCUCCCGUGCUGAGUCAUCGAAUAAUUUUGGCACCUCGAUCAGGCGGAGAAAGGAUGUUAUCUGUUGUCUUUUUCGUCUUGCCGUUAAAUAAACCGCCUGCCGCGGGUCGUCUUGCCGGUGAGUUUUCCUCGUGGUGCAGCAGUCCAAAAUACGAAUUCGUCUUUGUAGGAGGAGGCGAAGUGUUGGCGGACACGGAUUCGCAAUCGGUGAUUUUGGGAAUCCUCCGGAGGCCGUUCUCGCCGCAAAUCGUAAAUCGAGACGAGUACGCCCGGUCGGUCUCGUCCGCGGAGCAUCGCUGUCCUCGAAGAAAUUAAUCAUUGUUAACGCUAAUCGCCAGUCGACCAGUCCGAGGAGUGUCUGCUAGUCGGUCAGCCGCGCGAGAAUCGUCGCGAGACAACGCGUGCGAUUUUUUUCCCAGCGCGGGCCGGGAACGAUAGCGGUAGCAAAAUGGUCAAGUGGUACGAGAAGGAUAAAUGCCGGGACUUCGUGGUGCAGAGGUUGCCGGUUCUCGGCUGGCUGCCGCGAUACAAACCCGCGUGGCUGCUGCAAGAUGCACUGGCCGGCGUCACGGUCGGCCUCACCGCCGUGCCGCAAGGCAUCGCUUACGGCAUCGUCGCCGGCUUGAGUCCUGAGUACGGGCUGUACUCGUCGUUCAUGGCAUCCUUCGUCUACAUCGUUUUCGGCUCGUGCGAGAACAUCACUAUCGGGCCAACGGCCAUCAUGGCUAGCAUGAUUCAGGAUUUGGUCGCGAGUUACGGCAGCGACAUGGCUGUGCUGAUCGCUUUCCUGAAGGGAUGUAUCAUCGCGCUUCUAGGGAUCCUCCACUUAGGUUUUCUAUUGGACUUUAUAUCGCUGCCGGUGAUCACCGGCUUCACCGCGGCCGCGGCGAUCAACAUAGCGUCCUCCCAGUUCAAAUCUCUUCUGGGUAUUCCCGGCAGGAGCGAGAGUUUCCUAGAUUCUUUGAUCGGGAUCUUCAAGAACCUCAAUCAGAUCCGGUACCAAGACACCGCGCUGGGCGUCGGGACGAUCGUGGUGUUGGUUUUGCUCAAGAACAUACCAGGGCGGCGUGUAGGCAACGUCUUUCAAAAAGCCGGCUGGCUUGUCGCUUUGUCACGCAACGCGCUCGUCGUAAUUGCCGGCGCCGUUAUGGCGUAUAUCUUUCAUGUUAACGGAAAAACGCCUUUCAAAUUAACGGGAUCGAUGGGUCAGGGUCUGCCGACGUUCGAGCCUCCGCCGUUCUCCACGACCUUCCAAAACCGCACGUACAGCUUCGUGGAAAUGGCCAGCGCGAUGGGCACGAGGCUGUUCUCGAUACCGGUCGUGUCGACGAUCGAGCACAUCGCCAUCGCGAAAGCCUUCGCGAAGGGCAAAGCUCUGGACGCCACGCAGGAGAUGAUCGCCCUGGGAGCCUGCAAUAUUUUGGGAUCGUUCGUGCGAUCGAUGCCGGUGACGGGAUCCUUCACGCGAACGGCCGUGAAUCAUGCGUCGGGCGUGAGAACGCCGUUGGGAGGAAUAUUUACAGGCGUCUUGGUGCUGCUCGCGGUCAGCCUCUUGACUUCCACCUUCUACUUCAUACCAAAGGCGACCCUGGCCGGCCUCAUCCUCGUCGCGAUGUACUACAUGUUGGAUUUUCCGACGUACGUCAUGCUCUGGCGUGCCAGAAAGGUCGAUUUCUUCGUGAUGGUGCUGACAUUGGUCCCAAGCGUCUUUCUCGGUUUGGAGAUAGGCAUCUUGAUCGGCAUCGCCGUCAAUCUCAUGGCGCUGCUGUAUUUCUCAGCGCGACCUUCCAUCCAGACGCAAAUCGAACAGAUCGCAGGGGAAACCGUAAUAAUCGUGACACCUGAAGAGGCAGUGGCAUUUCCAGCGGCGGAGCGCCUACGUGCUAACAUAAUGAAGCUUUCCGGGGAGAGUGAAUGCAACGUGAUACUUGAUUGUAAGAAUCUGAAGAGGCUCGACGUUACGGUCGCUAAGAAUAUGAAGCUCUUGGCGAAGGAUCUCUCGCUACACGACCAGAGGAUCACCUGCAGUAAUUGCUCCGAAAAUGUGAUCGCCACCCUGAGGGUCGUAGCGCCGGAACUAUUAAGCGCCAAGAAGGCCGAGGAUAACCACGGCUGAAGAAAGAGACGGUCUGUCUCUCUUUCUGCCUGAACGUCACAAAUCUAAAUGUGAUCGCCUGAUUUUAGGCAUUGCGCGCACGAGGCUAAUAAAUAUAAAUGUGAUCCCCCGAUCAUCAAACACUAUAAGCGACGCGUUGCCCUUUUCCUUCGGGUAGACACUAUCGGCUAUCGGUUUAAGUCUCAAAUGUUUCUCUCUCCGUUUCAAACGGAGAGUUUCUACAUUUUCUAUAUAUACUUGAGAACGUGUACUCUGAGACGCGUAUUGUUCGGACGAGGCAAGAAACGUCCGAGCGGUAUUAAUAAUAUCGUAUUAAUAAUAUCGCGGAGAUUGAUCGACUUUUCAAGUAGAAUUACUUGGAAUUACUUUCAAAACAUGUGAAAUUUGAACGAGUAGCAGAGAAGUCCGUGAAACUUCUAAUACAGGUGUAAGUGUAUGUGUGUGUGUGUGUGUGUGUGUGUGUAGUCCGAUUUAUGUCCUGGAUAUAAAAAGAAUCUGUGAAUAAAAAUUAUUCCCUCCGAAACUUCUCCUCUCCUUCCGCGCGCGCGAAAAAUUCCCUUAUGUUUAUUCACCCGAGGCCAUGACAAUCGCGACCCUUUUAUACGACUUCAGAACAGCAGCGUUUAUAGCCGCUAGAGGCCCGGGUGAUAUAUUCGUCUCGCGGGAGAGCAACGUUGGCCGAAAACGUGCCUCAGUCGGUUCCUUUUAUUGUUUCCGCCUCGAUGAAAGAUUCCACCUGCGCGAUAUAAUGGUCUCUUGCGCGACCAUUAUAAGAUAAGUAAAUCUCAACCGCAAAGGUGAGGUAAAACGAAGGAGUUGCACGCAGCGAAUAAACUGACGCCUAAUAGCUCCCUAACGUGAUAUCUGUACAAAAUGUCGCUAGGACCGAUUUAGACAUUUUUUUUCAAGGCUUUUUCUUUUUUACUUACACAGGUCAGUUAUCUUGUCAAAGUUUCGAAAUCCGAUUAAUUCCAAUAAUCGAUGUCUAAUUAGAUGUUGGAAAAUUUCAUUAUUACGUACUUCAUUACGUGUUAUACGUGUGUCUUAAUUAAUAUCUUUAUGAGUAAUCUUGUGCCGCCAUUGUAAGUAAGGUUACUUGUACGAUUUCCAACCUUACUUAUACACGCGAUCGAUUAUAACGACUACAUUGUAAUAUUCAUAAUAACAAAAUGACAUAUGUGGCACAAAAUGAUAUGUGUGGCACCUGGUGUGCGCAGAAUACUUUGAAUAUAUUAUUUAAAUGAUCUCGAUGCCCGCCUUAUUCGGAUCUUUAGCCUUCGACAUGUUUCAUCGUCGUCGACAAGCGGGCUCUUAUUCUCACUAAUAAAUAAAUAGAAACACA